AUGGACCAACAGUUUGUGUCGCAAAUGGAGCAGUUGCUGAGCGCUGUGAUCCAGCCAAACUCCGUCUCGCUUAAGGAGGCUACCAAGACUUUGCAGACGCAGUUUUACACGCAGCCUACUGCUCUGCCAGCAUUGCUGAGCAUUUUACAAAACGGCUCUAACGAUGGCUUGAAACAGCUUGCUGGUGUUGAAGCCAGAAAACUGGUUGCCACGCAGUGGAGUGCUUUAGACGAAGGCGUUCGUGGCGAGAUCAAAAGCUCCUUGUUGAACAGUGCUUUCUCUGAGCCAAAGGAGAUUGUGCGUCAUGCAAACGCUCGUGUCAUUGCAGCUAUCGGAAACGAAGAACUAGACGAGAAGAAAUGGCCAAAAUUGGUACCCAGCCUCAUCCAAGCUGCCUCGGGUAGCGACAGCAAAAUCAGCGAAACGGCUGUUUUCAUCUUGUUGUCUUUGCUCGACAACAUGAAUCCAGAGCUGAACUUAUACAUUGGAGACUUCCUGAACCUUUUCGCCCACACCAUGGGUGAGUCUUCUACUCUAGAAACCAGAUCUCUGUCUGCUCAAGCUUUGAAUCAGGUUUCGAACUUGAUAGAAGAAGAGGGACAGAUAAAUUCCGACUACGCAACCAAGUUCGCGGCAUUGAUUCCCGCUGUGGUUGGCGUCUUGGAAGCAACCAUCAAGGCUGAGGACACAAGCAACACCAAGUUGAUUUUCAACUGUCUGAACGACUUUUUGCUGCUAGACUCUCAGUUGACAGGAAACAGCGUCACCGACCUGAUCAAGUUGGCUUUGCAAAUCGCGGUCAACAAGAAUGUCGAGGAAGAAGUCAGAGUUUUUGCCGUUCAGUUUGCCACUUCUGCGCUUUCAUUCAGAAAGUCGAAGAUUAUACAGGCUAAACUAGGUCAGGAGAUAACCAUGGCAGCCCUCAGAGUCGCUUCCGAAGAAAUCGAUGUUGACGAUGAAUUGAACAACGAGGACGAGGCUGGUGAAAACGAAGAAAACACACCCUCUUUGACUGCUGUCAGACUUUUGGCUUUCGCCUCUUCCGAGUUGCCACCCUCUCAGGUUGCUGUGCCAAUUGUUGAGCAUUUGCCUGCUAUGCUACAGUCUUCGAAUCCGUUUGAGAGAAGAGCAAUCUUGUUGGCAAUCUCCGUGGCAGUGACCGGUUCCCCUGACUACAUUCUUUCUCAACUUGAAAAGAUCAUCCCUGCAACCAUCACUGGUUUGAAAGACGACCACCCUGUCGUUCAAUUGGCCGCUUUGAAAUGUAUUUCACAGUUGACAACUGAUCUACAAGACGAGGUUGCCAAAUUUCACGAGGAUUAUCUACCUCUUAUCAUGGGCACCAUUGACUCUGCAAAGAACGUUGUCAUUUACAAAUACGCGACUGUCGCUUUGGAUGGCCUAUUGGAAUUCACUGCUUACGAAGCCAUCUCGAAGUAUUUGGAACCAUUGAUGAACAAGCUUUUCCACAUGCUCGACACCAACACUUCUUCCAAGUUGAGAGCCGCAAUCGUAUCUGCUAUUGGCUCUGCCGCCUUUGCUGCAGGCUCAGCCUUUUUGCCAUUUUUUAAGACAUCCGUCCAAUACUUGCAACAGUUUAUCGAGAACUCCGGGCAAAUUGAAGGCAUGUCCGAAGAUGACAUUGAACUCAGAGCUUUGACGUUUGAGAACAUCUCCACUAUGGGUAGAGCUGUUAGAUCGGAAGCCUUCCAUGAAUUUGCCGAACCUCUGUUGAACUCUGCUUACGAAGCUAUCAAAACCGACUCAGCAAGACUAAGAGAAUCGGGCUACGCAUUCAUUGCCAACAUGGCUAAGGUUUACGGCAAGGACUUUGCUCCAUUUUUGGCCACUAUUCUUCCCGAAAUUUUCAGAACCUUGGAGCAACAAGAAUACCAGUUUAACAUAGAUGAGGACGCUGAAGAUUUAGCUGAACUCGAGGCGGACGAUCUGCAACAGAAGUUCACUGUCAACACCGGUAUCUCUUACGAAAAGGAAGUUGCUGCUGCUGCUCUAUCAGAGCUUGCUGCUGCUACCAAAGAAAACUUUUUGGAGUAUGUUGAACAAUCUCUCAAGGUCCUGAAUGAGCAAGUUGAGGAAUCUUACGGUCUAAGAGAGACAGCUCUUCACACAAUUUGGAACAUUGCUAAAGCCCUUCUCCAAACCGCUAAUGUAAAGGAAGAGGAAUACCCUGUUGGGGUUCCAUCUGGUUCUUACGUUGACAGCAACAUUCUUGCUGUCGUUCAAAGUAUCAGAGCCACCUCUUUGGACAAUUUGACCGAGGAGUUCGAGACAUCAAUGGUGAUUACGAUUUUGGAAGAUUUCGCUGAAAUGAUCAGAAAAUUUGGCGCCAUUGUUGUGAUUGACAACGGAGACUCCUCUUCCUUGGAGAGAUUGUGCGUCGAAGUCAUGUCGGUUCUAAAGGGCAGUCACGCCUGUCAAACCAUUGACUACGAGGAGGAUGUGCCAAAGGAUGAAGACAUUGAUGCUUCCGAAACCGAAGCUGCUCUAUUGGAUUGCGCUUUGGAAGUGUUGGUGAGUUUGUCGUACGCUUUGGGCGGUGACUUCCCCAAGGUUUUCGAAAGUUUCAAGCCAGUUGUCUUGAACUUGUUCCAAUCUAAAUCGAAGAACAAAAGAUCAGCCGCUGUUGGUGCUGUCUCCGAAAUUGCUGAAGGCUUGAAGGAUGCUAACCCAUUCGUGCAAGACAUGCUAGAGGCUUUGGUUGUCAGAUUGACCACUGACAAGUACCUCGAAGUGAGAGGUAACGCUGCUUACGGUGUUGGUUUACUCUGCAAGUAUGCGCCUUUCGACGUUUCGGCAAUUUAUCCACCAGUCUUGAGAGCUAUGUAUGAGUUGCUAAGCACCGCAGACCAGAAGGCUCUUGCUGCAGAGGACGACGAAGCCACCAGAGAGAUUGUGGACAGAGCUUUCGCCAACGCUACCGGCUGUGUGGCCCGCAUGACCUUGAAAAACGAGGCCUUGGUUCCACUGGAGCACACUCUUCCUGCACUACUAAACCACUUGCCACUGAACACUGGUUACGAGGAGUACGACCCUAUUUUCGAGCUUAUCAUGAAACUCUACCAGUCCAACAACAACCUUAUCGUGAACGAAACACCCAAGGUUUUGGAUUUCUUCGAGGCUGUUUUCACUAAGGAAGCUGAGAGAGUCAGACUUGAACAAGAAUCCACCUUGGGCAGAGAGGAAAACAUGGACAGAAUGAAGCAAUUCCAGUCUUCUGAAGCGCAAUCAAAGGUUGUUGACCUACUCAAGUAUUUCAACACCACAUACAACGGCGCUGUUGCUCAAAGACCUGUUCUAGCCCAAGUGAUCGCCUAA